AUGACCUCAAAUCUAUCGCAAUACAAUCUGAAAAGUACUGGCGUGAAAAGGUUAAUGAAAGAAGCUGCUGAACUACGCAAUCCAACGGAUAUGUACUAUGCUCAGCCACUCGAAGAUAAUUUGUUUGAGUGGCAUUUUACUGUCCGUGGGCCAGCCGAGACGGACUUCGAAGGUGGUAUUUAUCAUGGACGAAUACUUUUGCCAAUGGAUUAUCCUAUGAAACCACCAAGCGUUAUAUUGCUUACGCCGAAUGGUCGCUUCCAGUUAAAUCAGAAGAUAUGCCUUAGCAUUUCAGGUCAUCAUCCCGAAUCAUGGCAACCAUCAUGGUCUAUUCGGACCGCACUUUUGGCUCUUAUUGGUUUCAUGCCUACAGAUGCAGCUGGUGCAUUAGGCUCAUUGGAGUACCCACCAGAAGAACGCCGGAAGCUCGCUAAAAUAAGCCAUGAAUGGGUUUGUAAAGAAUGUGGCCUUUGUAUGCGAAAUGCAUUAGCAAGUGAAACAGUGUGUGACAACAACGCGGAUGCCAUAGAAGCGCGGCGUUUGACUACGCAGAUUUCAAUUAAAGAAGACAAAGAAGCAAUGAGUAAUCAAAAUUUGUUCGUUGUGAAUGAUAUGGCACUGAGAAAUGAUAUUGUGGCGGACAAUUCUGCUGUUACGUCUGAAGCUUUACGUCAUAGGCAGUUGCCUUCUCAAUCACACGAAAGAUCUAUCACCUCUGUCAGCAGCAAUGAUUUAGAAUUAACAUCACAUCGCUAUUCCUGGCAGUUAAUUUUUAUCUGGUUUUUUUCUGUGAUUAUCAUAAUUUUGAUUUUAAGAAGAGUAUUUUUUGUACAAAAUGGCGCUAUAGCUUAA